ACAGUUUAGACAGGUGAGGACUCUCAAGAACCAAUAGAGUUAACUUACCAUCCUCCUAGCCGUCCUGAGGAGGAGUUCCUGUGUGAAAAUGUGAAGUCAGCACAGUCGGUUGUGUUGAGCUCCUCAAACAACAUUCGUGAAAUAUUACAGAAGACAUCGUUUUUAAUGUUUUAAGGUUAUAUUAUUUUGGUCGAAAUAGGUCGUUUUUAUCGCCUGUCUGUUGGUUGUCCUCGUCGAAAACGAACGGUUAGGCUGCUAUGACAAACUGAGUAAAUGCAGGCUUUUUUCCCUGCUGUCUUCAACCUCUGAAUCCUGGCCGUUACAGUGGUGAGGACGCGCGCCUUGUGUUUAAAUUCACACGCAGGCGGGAAAAACGUGACUGAUCUCAGAGCGUGGGCUGUUGUGGCGGGAAUCAUGUUGGUGUUGACGUUCACCUGUCGCUUACUACUCAUCUUUCUGUUGUCAGAUUCAGUAAAGAUGACGGACGAAAAUCAGUUGCUGGUGUUGGAAAAGCAGUGGCGUCAGGCGUGUGUGCUGGACUGUGCUAGAGGGCGCCAUCAAGCUGUGUGUGGCAGCAACGGCCGAAUGUAUAAAUCUCUGUGCUCUUUCCAGCGUGCGCAGUGCAUCAACAGACGGCUGAGGACGGCUGCAGUGUCAACAUGCACAGAUGCGUUGAAGUCUAAAUGUCAGCUGGCUCGCUCUCAAGCUCUGCGGGCCAGCGCUCAUUCUGAUUCCUCUGCUGUCUUUAUCCCAGAAUGCAAAGCCGAUGGAACUUAUACAGAGGUGCAAUGUCACAAUCAGACGGGUUACUGCUGGUGCUCCUCUCCUGAUGGGAUUCCUAUGAGCGGAAGCUCUGUCUUACACCUGCGGCCCAACUGCACUGGUCAGAUGUCAGAUAUGGCUCAGGAAACUGAACAAGAAUUAGCACAAGCAAAGCGAGGGGUUCAGUGGCGCUCCACUCCAGACCCUGAGCAGCGCUCUGCUCUGAACACUGCAGGAGUCACAGUGCCUCCAUUUUGGGCAACAAUCCUUCUGAACUCUGACCCGAAUGGAAACCGUUCUGUCAGGCGACCCGCAGACUCUUUAAAGACCUGCAAACAUGAGCGAAUGUCUGUGCUCACUGAAGCGGCCAUUCGAGGCUCAGAAGAGCGUUUUGUCCCAGAAUGCAGUGCAGAUGGGAGGUACAGAGCCGUUCAGUGUCACAGCAGCACAGGAUACUGCUGGUGCGUGAGAGUGGAUUCAGGGCGGCCCGUCCCGCGCACUUCAGCCAGGAACCAACUGCCUGACUGCAGCGCUCAGGAAACACACACGCUUAUCAUCAACAACAGCUACACACACACUCCUCUCUCAGGUUGUCCCAGUGUACGAAAGGCAGAAUUUCUCAAGAGUUUAAUACAAGCAUUCCAGCAGGAAGUUGAAAGUGGUGCUUCAUAUUCUCAGUACAGGUUAGAGAUGCACACAUCAAUUACAGUCAUUAGACAUCAUGAUAUUGAGUCAUCAGAUGUACGAAAGGCAGAAUUUCUCAAGAGUUUAAUACAAGCAUUCCAGCAGGAAGUUGAAAGUGGUGCUUCAUAUUCUCAGUACAGGACACCUGCGGCCCGUCCUCAUGUCCUCAGCUCUCCGGCCUCUUUCUCGUCUGUUCAAACUCUCCGUCUGUACUUUACGCUGCAGGACACAGACGCUGACGGGCUUCUGAGCGAGCGGGAAGCGCGUCCGUUACGUCUCCUGCUCCGCAGAACUCUGCGUCCUCGCCGCUGUGCCAAGAAGUUCAUGCAGUUCUGUGACCAGAACGCAGACCGCCACCUAAGCGCUCAAGAACUCACUUCCUGUCUUGGUAUUUAAGGCCGGACUCCAUAAAUAUUGUGCAAGAUGAAGUAUCUUUGGAAAUGGUUUGAGACGUCAGUUUGACCUUCAUCUCCUCACAGCUCUUUUGAGUCUCAGACUGCAGCGUUCAAUCACUUCACUCUGGGUUUUUGAAUCUGUUUCAGCUCUCGCAGCCGCUCUGACCUUUUCACUUAUGCAAGUCCAAACACCGCACCUUUCAAAUAAAGGACUUGUUAUUGGUUCUGUAAAAAUAACCACGGUUAAGCCUUUCUGGCCACUGGAGCGGUCGAGUGUGUGUGACUGUGUAUUUGAGUGGCUAAGACAGCGAGUUUGGACACGGUACAGUACCAUGGUAAAUUAACAUCUUAAUCAUUCGGUGUUCAUGACAUGCAGUAGGAUCUGAAAGUCUGAGACCACAUUGAUAACUUAAAUAUCUACUUUUUUUAUUUAAAUUUGGAAUUAACUAGAAAGUUUUAGGACCAAAUACUAAGAAAUUCUGAAAUGCAUCUAUGUCUUUUUAAUUCAU